AUGUCUGGCUGGUUUACCUCGUUCCUGAACUGCCGUCUCUGCAUAGGCGGUAAGUUGGUAGAAGAUCAGUUGGUUGUUUCUGAUGAUACUGGCCUUAUCCUCCCUCGGACUGGAUAUAUUGGUGGUGAUGCAGUAGACUUGGAGGAAGGCAUUAUUGCUCCUGGUCUGCUGGAAUUACAUACUAAUGGUUUGCUCGGAUUUCAUUUUACCCAUUUCAAGGAUGAGCAAGAGUAUGCUGGUCAGAUUGACAAGGCUGCCAAGUUUCUUGUCACGCAAGGUGUGACGGGUUUCUGGGCGACGAUACCCACUGUGUCGUCUGAUGAGUACAAGAAGAUUUUGCCAUCUUUGAGGCCUAGGACAAUCGACGAUAGCGCCUCUCUACUCGGAGCACACGCAGAAGGACCUUACCUAGCACCCUCCAAAAAAGGUGCUCAUAAUUCGGACCACUUCUUCGACGGCAGUCGUUCGGUGGAAGACGUAUACGGACCAUCAGCAACAUCUUCUGAGACUCUGAAAUUCGUGACUCUGGCUCCUGAGCUUCCCGAGUCAACAAAGUUGAUCAAAAGUCUCACCAGCAGGGGCAUCAAAGUAUCGCUUGGCCAUAGCGCAGCUAGCUAUGAACAGGGCAUCAAAGGGAUCAAAGCUGGAGCGACCUUGUUGACACACACGCUGAAUGCCAUGACACCGCUCCACCAUCGCGAUCCUGGCCUUGCUGGACUUGUCACAACUGCCAACACAGAUAGCCACCAAAGCCCAUACUUCACGAUCAUUCCGGAUGGCAAUCAUCUCCACCCUAGCGUAGCCACAAUGCUCUUCAGAGCAAACCCCGAAAAGUGUAUUUUCAUCACCGACAGCAUAGAACUUGCUGGGCUGGAAGACGGCGUUUAUCCUGGACACGCACAAAUACCAUUUAAGCAACGCAAGACGGGAUCGAAAGUGACAAUUGACGGAACAGAGACGCUAGUGGGUGGGUGUGCCAGCUUGCAGGAAUGUAUCCAAAACAUGAUGAAGUGGAGUGGAUGUAAUGUGGCGGAGGCAGUAAGAUGUGUCACAGAAAAUGUAGCAGACCUCAUGGGGGACAAAGAUAGAGGAAAGCUGGAAGAAGGACGAAGGGCAGACUUUGUGGUGUUGAAUGAUGAAGGAGAAGUGCUCCAAACAUGGGUGGCAGGAUUAAAGGUUUGGGAGAAACGAUGA